AUGACGUAUUAUGCAUUGAUUUUUAAUGAUGUUGUCAAAGAAAAGAAGCUGAAUCAUGUCCAGAAUUUGGAUCAACAAAAAAUGGCUUAUUCGUCCAAGUUGACUGAAUUAAUUCCUGCAAGAAGAAUUUUAGUUGAGGCAGAAAAAUGUGACAAUGGUUAUACUUAUCGUAAUAUUUACCCUGAACUCCUUGGCCUAAUGGCUAGCAAUUAUCCGGAGAUUUUCGACAUUGAAAGCUUUCUUAUUGAGGAAGAUCGUGAAACUGAUGACGUUGAAAAUAUUGUAAUGUCAGCGAUAAAUGAAUUAGAAGAUUCAACAGAAAGUGUUUUAGGUAAUGUCUUAAACAUAUAA